CACGGGAUAAAAAAAAAUUAAUUAACUUCCAUCUCGCCAUACAUACUCGAAAAAACAAAAAACAAAUAAAAAACAACGUUUCAACUGAUUUGAAAACCAUUGUCUAAGUUAACAUGUGUCGAUUAGAUAUCUUGCAUUUGAAAAUCUAUUAAACACAUGCAUAGCUUGUUUCAAAAUUUUAAAAAUUAGAUUUUUGGUUAAUGAUUCGAAAUCUUAAUUUACUGUUCUGGCCGUCCUGAAGAGAAGAUGGAGAAGGUGGCAAAGGGUGGGUCCAAACAAAAGAGAGCUUCGAAAACCACUGGGGAAUUCAAAGACACGGCCCGCCAAUUGAUGAACGUCGAGGGGGCCAUCGAAGAACUAAACAGGGAAGCAGUCCGCCAUGAACACCGGGGUCUUGUCGCCAGGCAGGGUGCCAGGGAUCUUUUGGAAGAAGGGAAAAAGAAAGAAGCGAGAACUUUGAUCGAACAGAUGCUGUCUGAAAGAAAUUACGUUGUAGCCUGCGGUGUCACGUCGAGGAGGAUCAAAAGGCUGUCGGAGGAAAUUAAGGAGACCGCAAAGAGAUCUGGUGGUAUAACAAAGAGGGUUGCCAAAGCAAUAGGUGAUGUUGAGCUUUCUAUUAAAGGGAGUGUUCUCGCCGAAAUCGAGGAGGCUUUAAAUUCCCUUGAGGCGGCGCUAAACCCACAACUCGAAAGGGCUUCUAGCGUCAUCGAGCUGGUUUCGACUGUCAAAGCCAUCGAUAUCGACCAGCUACAAAGAGAGCUGGAAGGAGAAAUCUCCGUCCUUUCCAACCUUUCCCUGGGCAAGAGCAUGUCGAACAGCGGUGGCUCUCGCUUCAACACAAGAAAGUACAAACUUGAGAAGAAACUGGACAGGGGGGAUACCACCCCCGAGGUGAGGAAUAUCAAAACCGAUUCCGAAACAGAAGAAGACACUCAGAGGACCGCGGUCGAAGAAGAAGACGAGGAAGACGACGACGACGAAGAAGAAGCCGAGGACGAGGAAGACGAAGAAGGAGAAGAAGACUCCGACGAAAGCGAAGACAACGCAAGGGAUAGAAGUGAUUCCGAAAGCCAAUCGGAAACUGACUAAAAAAUAACUAUCGUUAAAUAACAAAAUUUAUUUUCUUUAACCAUGA